AUGAGUCAAUCACAACCCCAGGCUGCCAGCUCCAGCACAAAAAAGCUACAUCUCAUCGGCAUCGGCGUGGGCCACAGCAUCGCCCCCAUCAUGCACAACUACAUCUGCAAAUCGCUGAACAAGCCUUGGACCUUUGUCGCAACAGAAGCGCCCACAAUCGAGGCCGCGAUGGCACUGAUGAAAGCCCCAGACUUUGCGGGCGCGGUAGUAACAAUGCCAUACAAGAAAACCGUAAUGGCGCAUUUGGAUGGCCUGGAUCCUUUGGCCGUCAAGCUCGGGGCCUGCAAUAAUGUAUACAUUACUGCAGAUGGCAAGUUGCAGGGUACAAACACGGAUUGGAGGGGUAUCAAGGGGUGUUUGCUUGCAGCCAGCGACAAGGGUGUUGGGAAAGCAGCGAUGAUUGUGGGAGCUGGAGGCGCAAGUCGCGCUGCUGUGUAUGCGCUGGCUGUCGAACUCAGAUGUCCGGUGAUCUACGUGGUCAAUCGCGAUGAUCAGGAAGUCGAGGACUUGAUUGCUGAUACACGCGCCAUGCUCUCAAUUCCUGGAUCAGAUGAGCCGCUGUGCAAGAUAGUUCAACUGCACACUGUUGAGCAAGCCAGCUCUUUUCCGGCACCACACUACAUCGUCGGCACCGUUCCUGACAGCGUGCCAAACACCGACACAGAAAAGAUGACCAUCAGGAUCUUUGACCAUUAUCUGGCGUCUGCAAAGGAGCGAGGAGUGUUCCUUGACAUGUGUUUCAAGCCCAGAAUCACCAGGAAGAUCAAGUUAGCAGAAAGGCACGGCUGGCAGACGGUUGAAGGUACCGAGAUCAUCGGACAUCAGAUCUACGAGCAAUACAGAGUGUGGAUCACUCCGGAGUCGGAAGACCAGGUGGUCAGUUCGAAACUGGCUGGCGAGGCCUGGGAAACCUUACGGACAGCUGCAACAGAAAGCAAGGGCAUCAAUUUCGAGGUGGAUGACUUGAGUGUGGUAUAG